UUUUGUAGCAGACAGCUUUUUUUUGUGUCUUUUUUGUCUCAGUUUGUCUAUCCUGGGGGACAGUUUGAUCAUUAAAUGUAAUUUUGUUCUCUUUUUGAAUAGGGUCUGUGCGAGGAGGCCUGUGAAGCCAGUUUGUGACGUCUGUCUCUUUGCUCUUCUGUCUUCUGUCUGCAUCUGUGUCUCUAUCCUGUGGCAGAAAAACGGCUCGUCGACACCCUGCUGAGAUAAAUGAGCGAGUAAACAGGCGCUCUUGGAGGGAGAAUGCGAAAGUGGCAUUGGCCGUCCUGUCCUCGUGUCUUGCGUCUGCCAAGCCCAUCUGUCUCACUCCUGUCUGGCCUUCCACCCUCAGAAUAAACAGUCAUUGCAUUCAAUCCCAACCAACGCAAAAAAAAAAAUGCCUCUGGCCUUGAGACAACUUUGUUGUUGAGUGACACAUUUUUUUUCCCUUUGUGAACACUUUCAAGUUUUGGGCUAGGGAAAGCUUGUCUGGUCUUUUUCUCUUCAGCUUGUUGUCAGUGUGUGUUUUUCAGAUGCCUGACUGCUGUCAGUGUAUGCUUUUUCAGUUGACUGGCUGUUUUUUUCUGAAGUGGCAGAAUUGGACUUGGGGAGGUGUGGAUUUUGAAGAAUCCCAUGAAAUGCAACAAUCUUCAACUUGUCAACUUAUCCCUGGUGAUGUGUGUGUUUUGCGGAGGAAGGUGUUGCUGAAAAAGAGGAGGCCAGGUAGUAAGGACCAGUCGGUGUGCUGUGCUGGCCAUUGCUGUCACACUCGUAGCAUUGUUCCUGCAGACACUCUAACAGCAUGUCUAGUCUCUGUACCCUGCUGGCUGUCUGCAUGUUACUGGUGGGACCUUACUGGUUAUCAGGAGCAGAGGAAAUGACUGCUUCACAGGAGACUAAAGGGGAGCGUCUGGCACGUGGCAAGCGCAGCAUGCCCAACUGGAACCUGUGGGCCUCGGACUUCUACGGCUGGGUCCAGGAGCUCCAAGCCCAGGCCGGCUACGACACGCUGCAGGACCUGGCCCGAACCUACUGGGCCCACUUCCCCAUCGCCAGCUACCUGGGCUACGAGUCCGGUCCGGAGCCAGUGGAAGCAGAGGAAGAUUGACUCACCAGACACGUUGCUAAACAGCUAAACACAUUGUACAACACUUGAAUGAUGCAAAAGUGCAAAAGUGUGUUUAAUAUGUGUUUCAAGCGUUCCGAUUUUUGAGGGUCAAGAUGACAGACCUCAAGCUGUCUCAGAGCUACAUGUGUAUCUGUGGCAUGGUGUGAGAUGUUCUCAGUGUCAAGGCAUUCCGUUGUAUUGACAAGACGCCCAUAAUAAAUGCUUUUUUCAUCAGUGGA